AUGGCCCGAACCCGAUCCAAAGCCGCCUCCUUCGACCCCAAGGACAAGGCCAAAGACCAAGACAGCCAGACCAAAGACUCCUCUUCCCCCCAAACGUCUUCCUCGAAGUCCAUUUACAGCCUCCCUGAGCCAUCCGACCGCCCAUCCCAAGUCUUCAUCCUCCCCAAAUCUGCCACGUCCUCAGCCCGCAUUAUCACCCUCGCCAACCCGCGCACCGGCUCCCCGACACGAUACCUCGUCUGCCCUAAGACCGGCUUUUUCGAAAUUACGAAGGUCACGCCGCCCAAGUCUGCGCCAAGGAGUUGGCUUGUUCAAAGAAGCGCACACUCAGAGUCACAAGAAGAUGGAGAGCAAGAGGGGGCAGCAACAACAACAGCACAGACGAUCAGUUCGCCCACGCUAUACCUUGCGACCCCGUUCGACCCUGUGUUUCUGCUACUCCCUGCCCUGAUCGCAGAGCCUGAAUCAGCCGGGACGACAAACCACCUGCUUGACCUGCUCGACCUGCAUCAUCCGUCCUUACGCGAAAUACUUUCCUCUCGGCUGGCAGCAGUCUGUGAUGUGGUGCAGGCGGGGGAUGAAGAUAUGUACCGGCUCAGCGAAGAAAAGCUGGUGGGGGAGAUGCUUGUCAAGGCGAGGAGGAUGAUUAGUGGGAAUGGGUUGCCAGCGAGUUUGGAGGAGAGAUGGGUGAAGAAGGCGCUGGAGGCACCGGUGGUGGGGGUAAGGGUUGUUAAGAGGGGAGAUAGCGGGAGUCAGGUUUCGACGAAUGGGGAGUCUCAAGGGACGACACCAGACGAGGAAGAGCCCGCCCUCAGACCAGCAAUCGUUGCCUCGCCAGAGGUAGUCCAUCUCCAACGUCUCCGCACAGCACUGGACUUCCUCAGCUCACGUUACCUCCCCCCUACCCUCAGCGCCCUCCUCAAAUUUCAUCUCACUUCCCAAUCCCCUCUCUCCAAGAAAUUCAACAUCGACUUCACCCCACUAGACGAAUACCUCGCCCAACUUACGAAAGUGCGGCAGGAAGCUGCUGCGUCCCGGGCAACGACUGAUUUUUCGCGGAAGAGAUUAGGCGGAGGAGGCAACGAUGAUGAUGAGGAAGCGGACGAGAAGGCCGAGAAGAGGAGGAAGAAGGAGCAGGAGGAGAGGAUCAAGAAGCAGAAUGUGAGCAGGGGGGUCAGGGAGCUGGCCAAGGUGAAUACCAAGGGUAUGAUGAAGCUGAGUGAGUUUUUUAAGAAGAAGACGUAG